AUGAGUACUAGUGCCUCCAUCGGUGGUAAGACUUCAAAGGCUCGUGUGACCAACAGUAAAGGCAAGAUGGAAGAUCUCACAGUCCUCACUUAUAAUGUUGAUACUGCUAUCAAGGAUAUGCCUCAACGCAUUAAAAUACUCAUUGAGGUACUCCAAAAUCGUGAUUAUGAUGUUGUUUGCCUCCAAGAAGUAUUCGCCAGCGCUUCCAAAGAGGCAAUCGUUAAUGGGCUUGAAAAUCAAUACUAUAUUUUGUCCGCCGAUCACAACGCGCCGUUCUAUCCUUUCCAGUCGUUUUUACCAUCAAUGUUGCUCACCAUCAUCGCUAAUGCUUUCCCAUCAAUUCUAAGAGCGCUGGCGUUCGUUGUCGCAAUCUUGCUCUGUCCCCCGGUGAUGAGAUUAAUAUCACAAUAUGUUUUCCAUUGUCUACAAUACGCCAGCGGCUUCCAUAGUGAAGGACGUUCUCAACCGUUCGACUACAUGGGCCUCACCAUUUUGCUCAAUAAAAAGAGAUUCAGUGAUGCUAAGGUCGAAUGCGCUGAGCCCUUCCAAGUUCAAGGAUAUACAGCUCCGGUAACAGGCUUAGGUUGGAUAUGGUUGUGGGUUGAAUGGACUUUCCUUCGUCCGGGUUACCUCAUAGUUUCUGGUGAGCUCACUGGUGCUGCCGGUCAAACAUUGACUAUAGUGGACCUCCAUUUUGUGCUGGGGAGGGAAGGGGAUUGUAUUAACCCUAACAGGAAGGCGCAGGCGGAUGAGAUCCUUUGGGCUGUGGAUCAUUACUCACCUAAGAAUUCACAAGUGAUCCUCUGUGGUGAUCUCAACUGCUCGACAUUCAGCCUCAACGAGGAAGAUAUGGAGUCCGUCGAGUUGAUGAUGUUCCAUCGCAAUGGAUACCAAGAUGCGCUGAAAGUCUUCAACCCUGAGGCGGCUUUCGAAGCCCGGCAUAAAUCUGAAGAAGCUGAGAAAAAAUCACAAGUCGAUGAGAAGACAAAUAAAACCGCCGAAAACGACGAAUUCAUCGAAACCGAAGUUGCUGAUGAUGAACCGAAGAUUCAAGCAAUCAGUGAUGAUGAAGUUCCCCUUGUCCCUAAGGGUGAUGGCGUUGAGGAAAAGCAAGAUUGCAAGAAAUUGGAAAAGAUCAACUCGGAAGUGGAAGGAUCUUUGGAACGCCUGAAAAUGCCGCUCACUUGGGACGGGGUGAAUAAUCCGUCGACGCGAUUGGGCGACCCUGGCGCUGAGUUGCGAUGUGAUUAUGUUUUCCUGAAGGACGCGCCCGAACCGGAACCGAGAACGAUCAAGUUGGAGGAAAAGGAGAUGCGGGUCGUGUUCGAUGGGUUGACUAGUCCGGCUGAUGGUGUUGCUCCUUUGCCUAUCAUCUCUGAUCACUAUGGAGUUCAAGUGUCCUUUAGAUUAAACAGGGUUCAGCCGUGA